ACACAGCCCAGAGAGUGAUCGGCAUCUACAAGACCCACAAUGGCUAGGCUCUGUGCUUUCCUUGUGAUCCUGAUAGUGAUGAGCUACUGGUCAGCGUGUUCUCUAGGAUGUCACCUGCCUCACACUUCUAACCUCAGGAACAAGAGGGCCUUGACACUCCUGGAACAACUGAGAAGACUCCCCCCUCUUUCCUGCCUGAAGGACAGGAAGGACUUUGGAUUCCAUUUGGAGAAUGUGGAUGCCCAACAGGUCCAGAAGGCUCAAGCCAUCCUUGUGCUGAGAGACCUUACCCAGCAGAUCUUGAACCUCUUCACAAGAAAGGACUCAUCUGCUACUUGGAAUGCAACUCUCCUAGACUCCUUCUGCAAUGACCUCCACCAGCAGCUCAACGACCUCAAAGCCUGUGUGAUGCAGGAGGUUGUGGUGCAGGAACCUCCCCUGAUCCAGGAAGACUCCCUGGCUGUGAGAAUAUACUUCCACAGGAUCUCUGUGUACCUGAGAAAGAAGAAACACAGCCCCUGUGCCUGGGAAGUGGUCAGAGCAGAAGUCUGGAGAGCCCUGUCUUCCUCAGCCAAGCUGCUGGCAAGACUGAGUAAGGAGGAGGAGUGAGGCCUGGGACAGAGUGUGGAGAGGACUUUU